AUGAUAGUAUCAAAAAUUUUAACAAAAGUUGAUUCGUGUGUUGUUGGUUUUUGUAAUGAUGAUAGAAAAUUAAAUAUUUGUCGCAAUAAAAGAGAAUAUGGUCUUUCUAUUAAUACAGAGUACCAAUUCAGUCCUCAAAAUGAAAUCAUUGAAAACAGUGAAGAUACAAAACAAAAUAUUUAUUUUCAAGUGUCUAAACAAAGAUUAAUAUAUAUAUAUUUAUUUCAAAAAAUUAAUACAAAACAAACUAAUCUUGAAUUACAUGAUAUAGCUAUUCAAUUGAAGUUGACAACUUAUCAUAAUCAAGAUAAAGAAAGAAGAAUUCAAUUACCUAUUGAAAAAAGUGAAAGUAGAUAUAUAACACCGCUUAUAGAAUCAUUGAUAUUAAAAAUUUUUAUUAUUGAAAUUUGUGAUCGAGAUGUCGCUAUUCAAACAGAUCCUUCAAUUGGAGAUAUUAUUUUAGAUAGAGAUAUUCAGAAUAUACAGUUUCGCGAAUAUAUAACACCACAUUUAGAAACUGAAUUAAAAGUAGAAUGUGGACAAGAUCAUGAGAUAAAUUUAUGUUUAAAUCUUAAUAAGUUAAAAGCUUGUUUAUUAGAAAAUGAUCAAAAUGAUGUUAAGAUUUUUAAUCAGGAGAAUUUUGCUUUAGUUGGUUUCGUAGAUUAUUGCAACAUGUUUUAUAAAUUUAAACAAGAAAAUAGGGAUAAGGAUUUUUUAUUUUUCGGUGAAAAUUUUAGUUCAAUAAAAGCUAGAUCAGGUAUUCCAUUCUUUUUGCAUGGUGGAUAUGUGGAAACAUCAUGGAAACCCAAUUUUGAAACAGCUAGUUCUAUAGAAAAUCUAUUUUUACUUGUUUAA